AUGGAGCAAGUCAGAUUACUGGUGCAAGAGCAAGGUCGAGAAGCACGAAAUUUGUUGGCAUUCAAUAUUUCAGCAGAAAAUGACAGCUUCACAAAUAAAGUUUCCCGAAAGCCCCCUUGCCCACCGCGACACCCUGAAUCUUGUCAUCUUCCAAAGACUUCAGUACGUGGAAGAACAGGAGCUAGAGUAAGAUCUGCAUCUACAGGAAGGGACAAAAGAUCAGAAUUGAGAGCUAGAUAUUGGGCCCUUUUAUUCGGCAACUUGCAAAGAUCAAUCGCCGAAAUAUACAAUACUGUCGAAACUCACGAGAGUCUAACCGAAUGUCAAGAAGUCCUCCUAGUUCUUGGUAACUAUUUGAGAGAUUUCACCUCUUUAGCGGAUUGGUUUCGUAUCAAAUGGGACUACGAAAACACACCAGCCUUACAAAGGCCCAACUCCCUCGCUUGGGAUGUAUGCAAAACGAAUCUCACAAAAACUCCGAGAUCUGGAAAGUCGAGCCCGAAUCUUGGUUCCGGUAGGAACAGUCCCAACAUCUCUGGAAAGAUGAGUCCAAGAAUUCUGGUGUCAAAAUGUAAACCGUCCAAUUCAUGCCCUACUAGUCCUUUGCCUUAUCUAGACCAGCCAAUUAUUGAAGGUGAACCUUUAGAAACUCCAAUAACUCCGAAUCAGUCAGCAGAAUUAUUAGACAAUCAACUCGUUAAUGAUCCUUCAGUACUCAAAACAGAUACAUCAAAUAUUGAGGUUAAAACCUCUGGAAAAGAUUCACUUUCAUGUUCUGUGAAGACAACUGUGACAGAACAUAUUAACAAUGUAGAAGAAGCAUUUUGCAAUGAUUCUGAGCACAUUGUUUCUAUAUCAAAUGAAACUAUUAGCUUGGAUGAUGCCUCUACAGAAACUUCAUCAACAAUACUAAAAACUCCCAAGAACACUAAUUUAGUCAAAAAGAAAACCGAUUCAACGAAACCUACAGAUUGUAAGUUGAAGUGUCCUCAAAAACUCAAAUCGCCUAGUGUGAAAUCUGACAAAAUAUCCCAGGCGAAAGUGAAACAUGUUGAUCACACGUCAAUUACCAAGUGUGCCAGACAAAUUGGCAUAGAUAAACAAAACACUGACAAAGAAUCAACUCCUACAGUCGAACAUAAAGAAUUAAGUGGAAUAGAACCUCUAGAAGAGUCGACUAGCCCUGAACUCAAAAAACACACCUUAGAUUUGAAACUCAAUGACCCUUCAACAUUGACUGUAGAACCAGCAAUAAAAAACAUCGACUCUCCCAGUGAAGACCAAAGAACUUACGACACAUUACGUAAGUUCGGGGUGCAGAGUUCGGAAAAGAGCACCUCCACUGAUGAAGACUUUCCAAAGUUGCCCAUCAAACGCAACCACGUUGUGAAGAUCAAUCAGGAGUGCCAGACUGAAGAAAAUGAAAAAAAAGUCACCGUGGGUACGCCCAAAGUGAACAAAGUUGAGGUCAAAGCUGCCAAACCGAUACCUGUAGCUCGUCCUGCUUAUUCAACUGCUCUUGCAAAGAGCGCUUUGUCCAAAACUGUACCACCCAAACCCAAGGUCGAGGUCAAGUCGAACGUCAAUGUGAACACUGUGAACCGCACUCCUACAAAACUGAUCAGGACUAUUUCAGCGAAGAAUCCUGCCAAUGCAAGGAAUGUACCUGAGAGAAACGUACUGGCAAGAAGUAAGACAGUAAGUGAUAUGAAAAACGCUGUUCCAGCCGCUGCUUAUACCGCACGUACUAAGGUACUGCCCACCACCCACCCAAAGACUGUACAACAGAAGAGCGUUCAGAAACCCAUGCUUUUACAAAAAAGCAAAACCACUCUAACCAAAGAACAAUUAGUUAAAUCGCUUUCGCUAGACGAAUAUGCUAGUUCUGUUGAGACGCUAGUGAACCAAGACAGAUCUGCUAACUCUGCUAACGUCACUAACUCGAGUAACAGCAUAGCUAGCUCAUCCGAAACCAUAAACAAUGAUAAUAAUAAAAACCAGCCUACUGACGGUUGGUUGACUGUCAAGUGUAGAUCCAGGUUCAAGAAUAAUAAAUCGAGACGAUCUGAUACUGCCUUAUCUUGGGCAACUAGAUUUCACCAAGUUAGCGCCACUGCUAGCUUACCUGCUCUAGCACUACUACCCGAAACGCCUGAUCUGAAUAAGCCUCAAAAAUCUAUUGAGAAGAGCGUAAAAGAAAACUUAAAUACCUUGAAAUCAUUAAAGAGUAACUCGGAUGCUAAGAAAGGGUUCCUACGAAGAUCCAACACCACCAUGAGCAAAGUGACAGUCGAUAAAAGUUCUGUGCAAGAAAAAAACAAAACCAAUCUACAGAUCAAAAGGACUGCAGAGCGUGAGAAGCUGCACAAGGAUACCAAGAAAAUCUCGGACGUGGACUCGGAAACCGAUGAUGAAAUGAAGUUCAAAGAUAUACAGGAUGAGCUAGCUACUGAGGAAGAACAUAGAAUGAAAGCCAAACAACUAUCCGAAGAAGAAGAUAGGCUUACCAAGGAAAUAGAGCAUUUGCAAGGGUUGGAAAUAGAGGUUGAUACUGAGACGGAUGGUACAGAGACAGACGGUGAUGAUCUGCAAGGUGAUGCUGAAGACGAUAGAGACUGCAUUAUUGCUGAUUUGGAGAAUGAUCAAAUGUCUUUGGAGGCCAGAUAUGAACCUAUGCUAGCAGAGAUGUCUUGGAGCGAUAGGAUCGACACUUUGGCAGCUUUGGAAGCCCUAAAUGCCAGGCACCCUGGCAGAGCUCAUGAACUUCAUCAAAAGUUGUCCAAUCCUUCAAGAAGGUGCAGUCUAGCAGAGACCGUCCGAAAAUUCCAAGCUAAGCAGGCCAAAGCGCAGCAGAGACGACAGGAUUUGCAGCAUGAAAAGGCCCAAAAACUGCAGGCACUAUUGGCCAGAGUGGAAGACGUGAAAGCCGCUAAACUGCAGUUGAUUGAAGAGAAACGAAUAAGGAUGGAAAUGAGGUUACAGAAGGCAGCUCAAAACAGAAAAAGGCACAUAAAAGAUAUCAUCAAAAAGGCACAUGAUGAAGAGGAAAAACUAAAAGAAAUUGCCUUCAUAAAUGAAUUGGAAGCUCAAAAUAAAAGGCACGACUUCCUCGUGUCCUGCCGGGAGCAGCGCGGCCGCCUGCAGGGCAUCCGCGAGGACCGCAGGAAGCGGCAGGAGGAGAAGGCGGCCAAGGAGGCGGCGGUGGAGGAGCGCAGGCGGGCGCUGGAGCGCGAGCGGCUGGAGCGGCUGGACCGGCUGCAGGACGAGCGGCGGCUGCGCGACGAGCGGAUCGGGCAGCAGCAGCAGCAGCGGGAGCGUGAGCGGCAGGAGUUGGCGAGGGAGAAGGCGAGAGAUAGGGAGGAAAGGUUAUCGGCCUUACACGAAAAACAGCUGGCGUCCACACAGGAACUGCAGAAACGAAUUGAACAAAAGCAAGAGGAUUCCAAGAGACGACACGAUGAAAAUAUGGAACAAAUAAGGCAUAGAGCCCUGGAAUUAUCUAUAAACAGGUGUCAGAAUGAUGACAAUCAAGCUCCGAAUAUGGUACCAUACGCUACACAAAAAUUAUGCAAGGUCUGCAAUGUGCUCAUUAAAUCUGAGGUAUACCUAAUAAGCCACUUGAGAGGUCCCAUGCACCAAGAAGCUCUGAAACAAGCCAACUUGCUUCCGAGCGACAUCGAGCAGUACAAUCUCGAACAGAUCGUGGAAGCCCCGGACGGAAAAGAAGAUCCGAAAGUGGUCGCUGCCAAGGAACGGGGAAAGAGUUAUCGGAAACGGUGCAAGAAGAUCAGGCAGCGGAUGGCGACGAAAGGAGCCGAAUAUGAAACCGGAUACAAACCUGACGUUCUUGAUGGUGUGAAUAAAAGAAGUCUCAACAGGAGCAUCAACACGAUCGGAUCGAUCACCAACCAGGCCAGCCAAGGAUUAUCGCCGGCCAGCUCCAGUCAACUGGACAGGAUACUAAACGAACUAACCCGAUUGAUGCACAAGGGCGCUAAGAACGAUUUGCUGGUGUUCCAGAGCGUCGGGGGUUUUUCGGUGCUAGCGAAACUGCUUAUGUUGGGACAGGAUGGAAAUGCCUCGAUAUCAGUCAAGACUCUCAUUAUUUGCUGCAAUUUGUGGCAAACUGCUUGUAAAGGACCUGAUGGGGCGAACAAUUGCGAAUAUGUGAUCCUGUCGAACCGUUUAUCCCCUGUCAUCGAUCUGUUGAACACGAAACUGUUAAUGAUGAAUCUCGGCGAUUGUGAAAAUGACCUUCCUUCUGAUCCUCUCUGUACGGCCCUCAUGCAGCUUUUGGCCACGGUACUUCAGAAUGCUCCAAAGGUGACAGCUGCAAAUCGAAUUCAUGACAUCGUGAGGUAAGUCAGUGAACAUUUUUUUCCAAAUUCGAAAUUACUAUACAGGGUGGGGUAUUAGUGCGUCGGAGCUCGAUUGCUCGA